AUGAUAUUGUCUCUACUCCUCGUUGCUCAGCUAGAUGUGCAUACAUGCAAUCAUGAUCUUGAAAUGGGUAACAUAACAAGAGAACUUCAAGGACCUCAAUCAUAUCGCAGCCUUAAAAAUACCGAAUGGAAAAACAUCAGAAUUAAGGUAGAUUAUAAUUAUAUUGAUAAUACAAAAGAUGAUGAACGAACUUGUAAACGAGCUGGACAACUAGUUGUAUUCCAAGGCGUAAGAUAUAUUUGCAAACAGGAACAUAUUUUGUCAUAUUCAAAAAUUUUGGCUAUUAAAGGAACACUUAAUAAUGUCAAAUCAUAUUUAGAGAGACUUCUUACAGUAAUUCCAUUCAAUUAUAAUAUUAAUUAUGUGGACUUUCGUAGCCGUUAUGGAUACGAGACGAAUUUUGGCAAACAAAGCGCAUACGGUGCCGAUAUAGUACUUGCAGUACUUUCAAGACCGAGACAGGAUAAUGAUGCUACUCUCGCAUCAGCUGCUGGAUUAGCAGAAGAGAGAACAUAUCACAGACCAAUAUUUGGUGUCGUUUUCUUAAAUCCAAUGGCAGUUCCUGAUACAGCACAAGAUGAAAACUCAAAUGAUUCAAGAUUCUUUUAUACUUGCGUUCACGAAAUUUUCCAUGCUUUGGGUAUUUCUCAAUCAGAUUUCCGACACUAUCAUCCACAUGAUUCCAUAACUCCACAUUCACAAAUAGUAUGCAGUUUCAGAAAGUAUGGAAGAGACUUUUCGUUCUUAGUAACACCAUACGCUCAUAAAUUUGCAGUGAAGCGCUUUGGAGUAGAAGUUUUCGUAGGAGAUGACAGAACUUGCCCAUCUGGAUUAGAAAUCGAAAAUGAUGGCGGUCAAGGAACAGCAGGAAGUCAUUUAGAAGCAAGAUCUUACAUGUCAGAUUUGAUGGUUGGCAUGACAAUUCAAACAAAAUCUGGACCAUAUUCCAGGUUGACUGAUGCUGUUCUUGCAGUUCUUAUGGAUACAGGUAACUACAAAGUUAACUGGAGAAUGGGACAACCAUUAGUAUGGGGCCACCCAGAAUCAAUUGAUGGAAAACCAAUUCCAAACUUUGCAAUUGGUCCUCCACAAAAUGUUUUCCCUAA